GAGUCCACAAAUAAAGAGUCCGGCUUGAGGCCCAGUGCCUCAGCAAACUCUGACGCCGCGAGCUCGCACUGGAGAACCUCUCUGGCUUUCUCGUGGGAAACGCCGCUCAUGUCGCCAGCGUCACACUUCUCUAUUUCCAAGACCUGCGCACCAGAGGGACAGUGUCAUUAUAGUUUGUCACCAGAUUGGCAUUAGUGAUAUCACUGACGGCAGCUGAGGUUAUCAUCACAGAUGAGGUCACCAUCGAGACUAACGAUUAGUUCUUUUGGCCUGAGGUUGGACCUAAUUUGACCUCAAACAAGGUUUGACGACAUGUUGUGGCGAAGCCUUAAAGCUGCUGCCGCCGAGUAUGACGGUACCUUGGAGAAAGCGUGUCGGAUGAAAGUUUCCACGAUCUGGGCCCUCUGCUCUUUGGUUAAAGCCUCCUUCAGCAGUCCCUUCUCUCUUGUCUCCUUCACUCUAAUUUCCUGCCCGAUGACUGUCGCCACCGUGCGCAGAUGCUUGACAAACGCUGUACGUUUACUCUCGUCAUCAAAAAACAGCAGCUGGAUGAACAAACGGAGGACAGCGGAGGAAGGUGAAGAGGAUUAGAAGGAGACAUAGUGAUGCAAAUAAGCCACUCACCAGGUCGUACUCUUUGGCUACUUUGAGCAGCAGAGCUCUGCAGUGACGGUCGUUGGAGAGACGGACAUCUAUGUAGUCCUGGUUGCCCAGAUUGAGGCAGCGCAGAGCGGCGCCGGAUGUGUCGGAGACCUGCAGCCUCCUCUUCUCAUCGACCUCCACGCUGACUGGAUGCAGAGGUUUUUUAUGGCCCUGCCACUCGUAGGCUGGAGCAAACAGAAGCAGAGUUAGAAGAGGUGGAGUGUGAGUGAAAGUGAUUCCCGCAGCCAGCUCCUCCACUUUGGCACCAGCUCUUCUUCUUCUUCUCUGAAACUUCCUGUACCUGUACUUGCGAAGAUACGCCACCAUACAGGCCACGAGAAAACUCACUGCGAAGGGCGCAAAUGAAAUCAGCACCUGUGCAGCGAGAGGAUUACGCGGAGACUUUUCCCUCUACCUGGAAUGUGGCCACAACGGUCCUCCGGGCGUUUUGAAACAGCUCUUCGUCUGACCACUCUGGGUGUUCCUCAUGCAGUUUGGAGGCGAGGACACGACAACAGAGCAGUGACAACAGGAGAAGAUCCCUCUGCCUCCGCCUCAGAUAAUAACUACACACCUUUAACAACACAAGCAACAAAACACUGGGUUCAUGACACCGUCUUCGCCUUCCUCGCUAUAGAGACGGGGAUUUACUGCGGCGAGCGUGGCAAUCCAUUUACACAAUAAUUAAAGAGUCAUUACACACGUCAGGCUGGGCCUCUCUUGACUCAACCUCUCGGGCUUGCAACCAUGCAAUGCAGCCCUCAGUGAAAUAAUAUUUGCAAGAAGUUAUUACUGUUUGCUUUCAACAGCCUGCAGUAUCGACAGGGCUGACGUUUCGACAUCAGGUAAAUACAGAGCAGAUGAUAGAUUUCAAAGUUAAACCAAACAAAUAUUUAAACGCGUGUAAGUUUAGGGAUCUGGAGAUCUAUUGUUUGCAUUUAACAAUUAGUUUGUGAUGUGCACAGAUUGUUGUGCACAAUUGUUUUAAGGUGAAGAAAAUACGCACCGCCAAGCAGUGGAUUGUUGUUCACAACUGUGUCUUUCUUCUUGGAAAGCGACACUGCUGUGGUUGAGUUUUGUUGCAUGAAAGGCCAUGAAUUACUAAAUAUCACUUCGUGCCAAUACGUCUUCAAUAAAUCACACUUAACUAUUGGGUUGGAUGUACUGGGCAAAUUAUGUUCGAUGGUGUUUUAGAGUGAACUGUCUCGAGAAUGGACGACGUACAGUAGGAGUCUAGUGGACUUUUCUGUCACAACCAGCUCGUAUUCAUAAAUCUGCGCCUGGUCAGAUACACCAAAUCAGGUAGUGGAAGAUGAAAAAAUGAGUUAUUGGUACAGAUGAGAAGUUACAACAUGUCUCACCAUAGAGGCCAUGGGGGCCUUGUUCUCCUGUAGAGGGGUCAGCAGCGCUCCACAUGAGGUUGCGUCCGCCUCCAUGUUUUGGCAUGUUCCACUCAAAGCCUGAAGUCAAGAGCCCUCCUGAGAAGCUUCUCAGGGAGUCAGACCAGGACGUGGAGGGGCCGUAGAUGGAGCUGCCGUCUAUCCAUGCUGUCACCAGGUUGACCUGCAUGUGUUGCAUUUGUUUUUCUCAUAUUAGAGCACAUUUGGGAAAGUGAAACAUGGGGUGACACGAUGUAAAGUACCCUCCAGAACUCCCUGACGUGGUACAGCUCUUAACUUACUGUUCACAUUUCACGAUUAUUUCUGGAGGCUGCAAUAACCACUGGCAGAAAUGUCACUUUACACUGUUAAGGGGUCAAUGAUCGGCACCUGCGUGCGAGGGUUGCUGGGACUCUGUCCAGACUCCUUGUCCCAUGGUCCGCGCUGGAAGGGCAGCAGGACUUUCCCCGUGGCAGCUGGGUCAAACACAGGGUCGCCUUCUGGGACCGGGAUGUUCAUGAACUCAGGCGGACACCCGGGGUGUCUCGAAUCGAAAACUUCAAAAGAGACAUGAUAACCUGCAAGGUUCGAGAAAAGUGGAUUAUACUUCAAAAACGUUACUCUAUUAAAUUCCUGCAUUGUCAGUGAAGAAGGGGCUCCGAUGGGAGUGCAUUCAAUCACAGACAUACCAAGAGAGACAAAGGCAUAUUCGACUUCAGCCUUUUGAAAGCAAAUGUUUCAUCUCUUAUAAGUGAGGGGCCCUAUACGCUUUUGUCAUUUGCCAUUUGGGGAAUCCUUUUGUCUGUGAGUUUGUCACUUAACUGUCAGAUAAACAACAGGAAGGGUAUUAUUCCAUUUUUUUUUUUUUGAACGAUUUCAUUGCCUGCAAUGCAUGAUGGGUGGAGAGCAGGCGCCGACCAGUGUAGUGUAGAUCAUUAAGACUCACUUUGGCUUCAAACUAUAGUUUGGAGGAAAUUAGAAUUUGGGCACAUUCCGAUGCAACUAAAAUGCAUUUGGUGUAUUUACCAAAGAAGAGGGAGAGCACGGUCUGGUUGCGGGCGGAGGGCAGACCGGACGGGCCCCCGGCCAGCAGGCGGCUCAGCGCGCGGGGGUUCGGCAGCAGCGGCUCCUGGACCGGCUGGUAGACUCCGUCCCGGUAGUGCGCGGGCACGAGGCGCACGAGGUGGGAACCUGCGCGGGCGUGAACACAGCUGAGACCGUGGCGUGUUGUUGGCAGGCAGAACUCAACUACCUGCGUUAACUACUGCCGCUGCGGACUUACCGACAGCUCCGCGCCUGGGGGAGCCCAGGCUGUUGUACCAGCCGUCAAACCGAGGGACCUCCCGGGCGACUUCGGCGCGUGACUCUGUUCAAGCACAUCGUCGAGAUUUCGUCGGAACAAUUUUUCUUUCUACGUCAGGCGAGUUGAGCAAAGUGAACGUCCGGCUGGCAACGGUCGCCGUCUACUCACGUUCACCCACGACGAGCACCAAGCCGACCACUGCGCACACACUCCAAGCCCGUUUACGCAAAUCCAUUGAUGCGAGAGAUGGUCCGCAGCGCAGUCCUGUGCCAAGCGCAGAGAAGAGCUCCUGACAACUGCACACAGGGUAAAGGUGAGUAACACUUGAUAUUAUAUUUUGGUCAAAUUUCCAUGAAAUAAAAAGUUUGGCCUGACAGAAAUUAGAGAGAAAGGCAAACCCAGGGUGUCUGCAAAACUUUGACACUGCUCCUUUUAAAAAAAAAAUCUUUAAACAUCAGACAUUCACAAUACCUCCUUCCCUUGGUCCCAGGUCAUUGCAUGCAUACAAUGAACACGAUCACAUGAUAUUUAAUAUGAGAAGAGGAAAGCCUUGAGUCUUACCUCCCGCAGAGGUUGAAAUGUAGCGCAGAAGAGUGCAGGAGCACAGGUGCAGGUCAGGUGUGGUGCAAUACCUCAGCCAACAUAUGUUGCACAGCUUGUCCCAAACUGCAUGUGACCUGUUACAGCCAAAUGGGAAUGGUCAUCGUCUCUGGAUCACACCUCCCCCCCCCCCCCCAGCUUCCCAGUGAAUUCAUCCUCCUCCUCAGAGACACAAAGGAGGCCGGUGGUAUAAAAGAAGCGUACGUUCCCUCAAACGGUCACACUUCACUCUCCUCUACCUCGGUCCUCGUCUUUCAACGUUCAGUCUCAGCUGUGUCUGCGAGAUCAGGAGCUGAGAUGACUUUCUACGAUGACAUUUACCCAUUCUACCCUCUACAAAGGACUUCCUUCAUCUUCAGUGGCCGCUUGUUCACCAUUAUCCUGGUGUUCCUUGUGCUGGCAGUCAGUCUCCUUCUCAUUCUGCCAGGCAUACGGGGGAAGUCGAGGCUGUUCUGGAUGUUUAGAAUAAUCCUCAGCUUGUUCAUUGGUGCGGUAAUAGUGGCUCUCAACUUUACUAAUGACUGGGCUGAGGCCAGAAUGACCACGAAUGCCACCUAUAAGUCUUUCAGCAACGCCGUGGUCAACGCCGAGAUCGGCUUGCACGUUGGACUGUACGGCAUUAACGUCACACUGAAGGGGAAUCCUGUUGUACAGUUCAAUGAGACCAUUGACUACAACGAGAUGUUCAGCUGGCACGGCACCAUCGAAGAAGAGUAUGAGGAAGCUCUGGAGAAAGGUUUACCCAAUCCGAUCCUCUACAUUGCUGAGAAAUUCACCCUCAGCAGCCCAUGUGGACUCAUCUAUCAGUACAGAUACUCUGGACGAUAUGCCUCUGCAACUCUCUGGACUGCAUUCUGCUGCUGGUUGCUUGCCAAUAUCCUGUUCUCCAUGCCGGUCAUCCUGUAUGCUGGUUACAUGAUGAUGGCAACGGCUGCCUUCCUCUUCUUCUCCAUGGCCUCCUUCUCCACCAUCAUGAAUGUGCCGCAGUGUGUUUUCUCCAUAGGAGCUGACACCUUUGAAACAGAGUACAGUCAUUCCUUCUGGUUGGCUCUGGCUACAGGUGUUCUGUCCAUCAUCAUUGGGAUUCUGGUGGUGACGUUUGACUUUAUGAUGCCAGAGAAGAUGAAAGAGGCUUUCAGCUCUGGUGUUGACAGUUAUGAGGAUGAGGAUGUUUCUGAUGGGGAGGGCUACUUGAAUUCAGUAUUUCUUGACGGAGUGACAAUUUCACCAUCGACAUCAAAAAUCACCAUGGUACAUAUAUGAAUCCACCCAGGGUUGCCUCGGGAACCUUUUUCCAACCAGUACUUGAAGGUGUUUUUGGUGAAUGUGCUACAGGAGGAGUUUGUUUUAAUUACCCACGUGAGCCUGUAAGUUUAAUGUGUUCAGUGAUUUAUUGUAAAUAGUUCAGGACUUGUUCAGUUCAUCAUCAUGUUGCAGUACUUGUAAAUACAAUAUAUAAAGUUGUGUGGGAUCCAUACAAUGUGUAAAUAUACUGAUAUGGACAAAAUGGAUUCUAUGUCUGUCCCUGUGUGUCACUGUUUAACUUGUUUGAUUUAGAUCACUUUGACGUUUGAUAGCCACUGCAGGAUUUCCUGCACUGUGUUGCACGUUGCUGGUGGCCACCUAAAUGUGUGCACAGUUUCUGAGCAGCUUGAUUGGUUGAGUUUCCUUCUUUUCUUCUGAUGCCCCCGAAAAAAUGUGAAAACUCAAAAGGAAACAGCCUAUGAAAGUUCAACCGAUUGAUCGCUAAACCAAGCAAAUGUAUUUUUAUUGUCUUUAUCGGUUUGUUUUUUUGCAGUAACAUCUUCAUAAAUUAAAGACAAGCACGUGUUCA